AUGAACCUGGCCUCGCUCUAUCAGCGCGCCAACGAGGUGCAGCGCCACGAUGCCAAGCUCAUACUGAGCGAAUACGCGUCAAUACUGCAGUGGCGCUCCGAUGGACAAGACAGUCUAUUGGAUGUUGGCUCGGGACCAGGAAAUGUGCUCAUGGAUUUUGUGCAUCCGCUGCUGCCGAAGAGUUUCAAGCAGCUGGUGGGCACCGAUGUCUCAAUGCAAAUGGUGGGCUAUGCCAACAAGUGCUACGAGCGCUACGCUCGCACGCAGUUUCAAGUGCUCGACAUUGGCUGCGAGGAGCUACCUGAACAGCUCAAGGGUCGAUUCGAUCACGUGACAUCAUUCUACUGUCUGCAUUGGGUGCAGAAUCUACGAGCUGCCCUGCGUAACAUUUACAACCUGCUGCGUAACGAAGGAGGCGACAGUUUACUUGUGUUCCUGGCCACGAAUCCCGUCUAUGAAGUGUACAAAGUGCUGCAAAGCAGUGCCAAAUGGGCGUGCUAUAUGCAAGACGUGGAUCAGUUCAUUUCACCCUUGCAUUAUAGCUCUGAUCCCGUCAAGCAGUUCGAAGACCUCCUCAACGAAGCUGGUUUUGUUUAUAAAAAUGUGGAGCUACGCAGCGAAGUCUUUGUGUACGAAGGCGUUCAGACCUUGAAAGAUAAUGUCAAGGCCAUCUGUCCUUUUCUGGAGCGCAUUCCAACGUCUCUGCACGAAGAGUUCCUAAAUGAUUUUGUUGACGUUGUCGUUUCCAUGAACCUCAAGCAGGAUGCGACUUGCAAUGCUGGGCAUUCGCAAGAGCGCUUCAUAUCACCUUAUAAACUAAUUGUUGCCUAUGCUCGCAAGUCCCCAGACUUUCUAGAAAAUGUUUUUAGCGAUUUGGUCAAUGUGAAACAUGUAAAAGGUGUUAAGUGA